AUGGGCGCGGGGCGCGAGGGGACUCCGCCGUGCAUCGUCAUCGACAGCGAGACCGAGUCGGACGUCCCGGUGGUGCGGGCGGGCAAGCAGCGCCCCGCACGGAGCCCCACAAGCUCCCCUCGGGCAGCAAAGAGGCGCCCGGCCCCCGCGGGCGAAGCGGCGAGGGACGACGACGAGUUCCUCUGUCCGCUCGGAUGCUCCCAAGUCAUCCGCUAUGAGGAGUGGGAGAGCCACAAGCUGGCCCACUCCCUGGACGCGUCGUCGCCGCUGACGCCGCCCGGCAAGGCGCAGCUUGCCUCGCAGCAAGGAGGCCGGCCUCUCACCGCCGUGGCUGCGGCCGCCAUCGCCCGCGCCGAGGCGGCGGGACCCACGGUGAACAACGCGGCCACAACCAACCCGUGGAGCAUCGCACGCGCAAGCGCAGCGAAACAGCCCAAGCCCUGCCCGGCAGCGCGUGCGACCCCGGAGCGGACCCUCAUCGAGCCCAGACGCGACGCCAUCCUCGCAGCCCAGCGCCCGGAGCCCACCGCGAUCUGCCUGCCUGACUCAGGCGUCAUACCCCUCCUCGAGCGCGCCCUGACCACGCAACGCAGUGGCGCCCCGGAGGCCUAUUUGUGCCGCUCCGCGCAGCACUUCGCCAGCGUCGCCGCGGACCGCGGCUGGGGCUGCGGCUACCGCAACAUCCAGAUGCUGACGUGGCAUCUGCAGCGCGCCGCUGCGCCCCUGCGCGCCGCGCUGUUUGCUGGCGACGGCGCAGUGCCGCGGAUCCCGUACCUCCAGGCGUGGCUCGAGAGCGCGUGGGACAGCGGGUACGAUCGGGAGGGCGCGGUGCAGCUCGGGGGCCGCGUGCAGGGCACUCGGAAGUGGAUAGGUACGACGGAGGCGGCGGCGAUGUUGCGUCAGUUCGGGGUAAAGGCGGAGGUGUUCGAUUUCUGGGGCCGCCAGGACGAGGAGGAGGACGAGGGCGUCGCGGACGUGGCGCACCGGCACGGGGCGCUGGUGCGGUGGGUGUGGCGGCACUUUGCGGGCCGCGGGGUUGGGGAGGGGGGGGGUGGUGGCGUCAGGGUGGUGGACCGCCCGCCGCUGUACUUCCAGCACCAGGGCCACUCGCGCACGAUCGUCGGCGUGGAGCGGCCCGGCGGGAAGACGGCCGACGACAUCAACCUGCUCGUUCUGGACCCCCAGUGCCACCCCAGCACUCUGUGCGAGGCCCUCCGCCGCGGGACGGGCUGGCAGCGGCUCAUCAAGCGGUCGGGCGCGACGCUGCGCAGCAAGGAGUACCAGCUCAUGACCGUCCGGGACUUCGACGUGGUCCCGGAGGGUCCCGCAAGGCAGCAGUGGAGGCGCAUGGUGGCAGCUGAGGUGCACCGGUGA